AUGCCUGAAGUCGAGGAGUCUGCUGCUUCUGUUUCUCCUACUGUGCAUGCACAUCGAGGUUCUGAGGCCACUGUAUCGGAUAUGGAUUCAGAUGAUCAGGAUAAUGUUCCGUUAAUCCGUUUGUUGAAGAAACCCUCAGAGCCAGUUACAGUCGAGAGGCUCCCUUUUGAUCCCUCGGGUUCCAUUCACUCUCAAGAGAGCUCAUCAACCGAAGGGGUAUUCAAUCUAACUCUAGGAGACCCUCGACGCUCACCAGCUAUACCUUCAGGUCAUUCUCGCUCGUGUGCUUCUUUUAACCAGACUGAGAUACCUCCUGAAGACAUUCCUCCUCCUACUGAUGAUCCCAUUGCACCAUCUUCUGAAGGAAGGCUAGAAUCUCCUAAAGGUCAUAAACCCCUAAAAAGAAAAACUCAACAGGCUAGGAGAAAUGUGACCACAAAAACAGGCAGAAAGAAAAUUCUUGCGAAUGUUCCAUCUGUUCCCAUUGAUGGAAUUUCGUUUCACCAUGAGGAAAGUGUUCAAUGCUGGAAGUUUGUGAUACAGAGGAGAAUUGCCGAUGAGCUAAUUAGAGAAUUUAUCAUCAAUCUGCCAGAUGAGUUUAAUGAUCCGAGUAGUGCUGACUAUCAGACGGUGCACAUUAGAGGGUUCAAAUUUAUGAUUUCACCUGUUGUGAUAAAUGGUUUUCUUGGAAAUACUGUUGAUAUUGACUGCUCUUCAUCAUGUCCUACUACUGAGGUUCUCGCUACUGUCUUAUCUGGAGGGACCUUGUCCACAUGGCUUGUGAAUGGAAUCCCUGCAGCUGCUCUCAGCAUCAAGUAUGCCAUUCUGCACAAGAUUGGCAUUGCCAAUUGGUCCUCAUCCUCACAUGCCUCAAGCAUAUUUGCUGCCUUAGGUACAUUCUUGUAUCAAAUUUGCAAUGAUGAUAAAGUAGAUACGGGUACCUUCAUUUACAAUCAACUGUUGAGGUAUGUUGGGUCGUUUGGGGUCAAGGUUUCCAUUGCUUUUCCGAGGUUGUUCUCCAGUCUGCUACUUCACCUAAAUGGAGCGGUGCUUACUGCAUCUGAUGCUCCUGGACCUGAACCUAAGACAAUUGCACUUAGCUACAGAAUCUUUCAAGGCAGUCAUGUGCCUGAUAUUGACCAUGAUGUGCAUCCAACUCAGGGCCCACAUAUUUUUGACACUACUGGCUGGGAUGAAUUUGCUGAAGGCUUCUAUGUGGAUCAUAAAUUAGCUACCUGCAUUAUUAACUCCUUGACUGCUGAAUCUCGUGCACUGACUAACUCCAUCACUCUGUUGCCUGAACGUCGAUUAGAGGUUGAUGCUCUCAUUCGACAUUUGAAAUCUUCGGCACCAUCUACUAGUCGUCAACAGCCACCAUCUGGUUAA